CGCGCGGCUCACGGAGGCCUGGGAACAAUUAGGAAGAUUUGCAGACGCUUUGAAUGGCGCUCAAUGCACACGUCUCGGUCAGGUUUGAUUACCAUCUCUAUCUACGAGUAUACGCGCUGGGAAAAGGUUGAGUCGGUCUGAAAAGCUUUGCAACAAAAGUUUUGGGUGGAGGCGGGUGUUCUUGAUUCCUCUCUCCCUCUCCUCCUAUCCGACACCGUGUGGCUUAAUCUAUUCUGCCCUUCUUACCUAGUCCACCUCACACACGUAUCUUGAUCUCCUCAUCCUCCAGUCGAGUCCCGUUGGUCCGCCUAUCCGAUUUCUUUUUCAUAUAUCCUGGCUGAUAUAGCUUUAUUAGCCUUGUACUUCAAACAUCGUCCAUUCAUUUUUUGUCGAGUCAGAUUCCCCCGCCCUCAAUUUUUCCGGACCUACGCGCCGCUCUGAUACAUACUUCCCUCGUCUUGUUCUUAUCAUCUAAAAUUCCGUUGCUAGUCCUAUCAAGUAGCCGUAAUUGGAACAGUUUGCCUCCAUUUGAAUAUGGAAAUAUACCUCAGGCAACUGCCGACGCUCGAACGCGGCAAGUCGGAUUUGUUUACCUUUCCCCUUCCACCGACCAAGGCCGGGCAGAACCCAUCUAGUCGGAGCAAUAUCGAGGACCGAAAGUCCAAACUGCCCCGACGGUCAGCUUCGGCGCCCAGGAAGAUCAGGUCGAUUGAUGUUAAUCUAACUGCUGCCCUUCGUGGUUCCGUACAUCAUGGUCCAACCAAUGAAAAUGCGUUCUCUCCGGACUCGAUGCGGUCCAUGAGCUCUCCUUCCGAAUCUCAGAUGAAGGACCUGUUCAAACUACCUCGACUCCCCCAGGACGCGGUGAACGAUGCGCAAUACAAACGUGCGUUUAUUCUGCCGGAUCCCCCCAAGGAUCCUGAUUCCCAUUCGCUCAAGAGCGUCAAGGCGAAGUGUGCCAGAUAUCCGAUAACGUAUAAGCUUAGGAACAACAGCCAGCAAAAACCAAUUCUCAGAGCUCAGACGAAUGGCACAACACCUCUAUGGCGGGUCAAAAGCCUGUAUGACGAGCCGGAGUCCAAGGCAGAUCUAGUGCAGCCCGCCAGCAAUUCUUCCCCUGACCUGCCCGGUCUCACUGCUGUAUCCCCACUGAGUCUUUCUUCCAAGCCGUCUGUGGCUCUCAAGCACAGCUAUUCUACCCAUUCUUGCUUUGCCACCCGUCGAAAUCCACCCGGAGAGACAGUGCCCACUUUGAUACCCCCACCUAGGUCUGUUUCGAUGCGUUAUGCCGUACAGAGAGCGGCUGCCCCGGUCGAGCCAAGGCAGAACUUGGAACAGACUUCUAACGCUGCUACCGCAACCACCGAAAGCUGUGAAGACGGGGAAUUGGAGUCAAUACAAACAGCGCAGAUAAACUUGGGCAGUCAAUCCGAUCACACCACUCUUUCCAGGAAAUCAAGUGUCAUCCAUCGGCCCCGUCCACUUGGUCGUGGUCGUGGCCAGAGCUUCUCAACGCCGUACGCCGAGUUUGACAAGCUCAUGACGCUUAAGGCUAGCGGCCUCGGAAGUUCGAUCAAACCUGGUCGACAAACUACCACUGCAACAUCCUCGACUGCUUCUUCUCAGUCAUCGGCGAGCCUCAAGAGCCCAGAGUGCAGUCCAUCAACUUUCAGUGGUUAUCAUUCGCACACUAAUCUCCGCCCGACACGCUCGUUUGCCAGUGAAGGUCCCAACGCUCGCCUAUGCAACCGAGCUCAAAAACACUCCUCCCCUCAUUUAAUCCAUGGCCCUAGGUUCAGUGUAGCGUCCCGACGGAGUUUCUUUUCAUCUCUCGCCAAGUUGGAUGGAAUCGGCUUGGAUCUCGAUCUUCAUCUUCCCUCUGAUCCAGCCCUCGACAACAAAGUCGAACUAUUGUCCCCUGAAAUCCACGCCCAAGGAUUGGAUAGAAAGAGCAAACGCUCGCGAAGUAACAAGCUGAAAAAGAACCACGGCAGCUUCAAAUUGAAAAAAUCCAGUAGCACUCUCCGACCAGAAAAAAUCGACAAUAAUAAUCAUAAUGAUCACCCGUUCAAAGCAGCGCCUGAACGUUUCCUUAAUUUGCCUCCAAAAUUUCCCGACCAGACCCAUCGUGGAAUCUUCCUCCCAACAACGUGUUUUCACAAACUGAAACAAAUCGCCAGUUUGCGCAGCGAACGAGGCACAACCAGUGAUCCCGAUGAACUACCUGCCAAAUCCAGGAGGAAGAUGUUCCCGUGUCUGAAUCCGCGAAAUUUUUUCUGAAGUGGCUAUAACCCGACAGAGUUUGUGUUGACUUUGUUUGGCGCGUCGCAGGAUCGAUCGUUAGAACACCUUCAUCAAUCAAUCAUAUUUUACGAGGGGUGUCUGUCCAGGCCUCGGUUCCCAGAAAUAAUUAUCCUCAUAUCUUGUAUUAGUUAUUAUAAUUCUUUGACUACAACUUCUCCCUUAUCCAGUUCUAUACCCACAUCUUGACCUACUUUUUCUGUUUGGGUAAGCUAUCCAUCACUGUUCAGAGUUCCAAACAUUCUUUGCACAUCAUUCUUGCUUCCUCUAAUCUUCCUUGCAUUCUUAUUUGUUUGUUUCGCUCACUGUUGUUGUAAUUUCAUUGAUGAAAAUAAACUGCCUCAAGGGGGGGAACUCGGGGGGCUGCCGAAGUAUCUGGCAGGGGUGCUUCUUAUGCGUAGGUGCCGAGCUUCCAUAGAAUUUCUUCAGCGGCUAAAGAUGCCCUGUACAUAAUAGAAGGGAUGGUUUCCUCAGACCGGCUAUUUGGGUGCACUAAAUUGAGCCACAAGUCUCUCCCUGCGGUCGGCGCCAGCACUCAUCCGCACAUGGUUGAGAUUCCAGCCUGCCCGGAGCAAGGGAGUUAUGCAGCUCAUCAUGUCUAUGAACCUCCAAGAAGUG